GCGGGCGGGUCAGGCGAGAGAAGCCGCAGGAGGAGGAGGAGGAAGUCCCUUAAAGGGGAUUGCAGGAACCCAGGCGGCCGCCGGUUCCUUCGCCAGCACGGAGAGACCAUGUUGGGGUCCCGAGCCCUCUUCAGGGGGAUUACCGCGGCGUGGCGAGGAGGGGCCGCUCUCCAGGUUUCAUCGUCUUUUGCCACAGGGCCCAGGCAAGGCGACAGCACGUUCUAUGAGUUCCGUACUUACACGGUUAAACCAGACAAGAUGAAAGACUUCCUGGAGCUGACUAGCAAAAACAUUCACCUUCGGACUGCGCACUCUCCGAUGGUUGGCUAUUGGACCUUGGAGUUCGGGGGAAUGAAUAAAGCUUUCCAUAUUUGGAAGUAUGACAACUUUGCACAGAGAGCUGCUGUCCGGGCAGCAUUAGCCAAGGACCAAGAAUGGCAGGGAAAAUACAUGUCCCAAAUGCUGCCCUUGUUAGAUAAACAAGAUAAUGAAAUUGCUUACCUGGUACCCUGGUGUGAACUUGGCAGCCCUCCAAAGGAUGGCGUCUACGAAUUGGUUACUUUCCAGAUGAAGCCUGGUGGGCCGGCCGUGUGGGGGCAGUCCUUCAAAGCGGCAAUUAGCGCUCAUAUAAAGACUGGCUACACGAAGCUGAUUGGAGUCUUCCAUACAGAAUACGGACUACUUAAUAGAGUUCACGUGCUUUGGUGGAAUGAGAACCCAGAUAGCCGGGCAGCUGGGAGGCAUUAUGCUCAUGAGGAUCCCCGGGUUGUAGCAGCCGUGCGGGAAAGUGUUCAGCUUCUGGAGUCUCAGCGAAACUUUCUUCUGCUACCCACAGGAUUUUCACCACUGAAAUAGUUUUUGUUGUACACUUUACCAGCGUGCGCGAUUAGGAAGAGUAAUUUUCCAACCAUGUUUAUAUCACACUUCAGAGCUGCUGUAACCUAUUUUGCCCUUUUUUUUUUUUUUUUACUAAAUUUGGUACAUUCUACACUUGACCUUGCUUUUGAAAAUGGAAGGUGGUGUUAAGAUAGUGUAACCCACCAAAUUUAUGAGAAUGCAGCGCUUCUUAAACUGGUUUCUACUAGCCCUUGACAACAGGGCUAUCUUCCUUGUGUGGUUCCAUUUUCACAACUCUGAAUAACUGUGGCUAUCAUUCUAGGGUUGAAAAGAGGUGACAGUUCAGUGUAUGAAGCCCCUAACAAUUUCCCUCCUUUUAUAAAGAAGUGGUGCUCGAUCUCAGUUCAAAUCGAAACCCCCUCCCCGUGCUGUUUUGCAGAAGUGAUCCCAUCUGGUUAUAAUUUAGCUCAUUGGACCAAGCAUACACACACACAUCAUGUUAUAGGACUUGCUGGUUUCCACAGUGGGGAAAAUGGAAGACCCGUAGGACCAUUUCUGCACAACAGCAUGUAUAUAAAUGAGGGGACGGGGGUUAAAUUCAGUCUUUAUCUGGAUUCUGGCCCCUCGGGUGGGACCUCAUAGAUUCCAGAGAGUUGAAAGUGGUUUGAAGGAAGCCAGGUUCCCCCUGUGUUUUCAUCCUCCUGGCUGCUUAAGCAGGUCUUAAGUUUUUGAAAUGGCCCAACAAAGGCACAAAUGGCCUACGAACACCGGUCCUUCAUUUUAGAUAAUCCUUCAACUCUCUUAAAAAAAAUGUGUCUGGCUCUGGCCUAAGUUUUCCAUAGCUCAAAAGCUACAUCCCCCUUAGGGUUAUUGACGUGGCUGCUUGCCAUAAAGGUGUUUCGCUCACUGCCUCACUGACCUCAGCAGGGGACGUCCAGCCUUUCUCAUGGAGUAUCUUCUUGCGUUGUGGCAACCAAACCAAACCCUUUGAGGUACAAGUGCGAUGACGAUCACUAUACAGUAUUCAAGAAGUUGUGAAGCUGCCCUCUUUUUUUUUUUCCUUUUCCAAAAAAUAGUUUCACGUUAUAUGGGAACACUCUAGUCAGUUUCCGUUCAGGGUCCAAAUUGGCUUUAUUUUCUCUGAAAAUUUCUGGCCUCCUUUUUUCUGUGUAUGUAUGGCUUGCUAAAAAUGCUGAAACUGUGAAUGGACCGAUUCUUUCUGAAAACACUGCAGAUGAAUCGAGUACUGGGUGGCAUGCAGGUGCUUAAGACUGUUUGAACUGGAAAAAGGAGAUUUGCUAAAAUGUAAAUACUGAAGUAUAAGUAGUGUUAAACCAAUGAUUUCCCC